AUGCGUCUGGCGCUGCAGAGACUUCUGGCAAGCCCUCCUGCCGGGUCUGUAACACGUAGUGCCGUGCACUCAAAUGGCGACGGCUUUUGCCAGCGCUACUCCCCCCCGACUCCCACUCAGGGACAGUCGAGGAGAUAUGCAACCAAAAAGAACGGAAGAGGGCAGCCUCCAGGAUCCGAAUCCAGGACUAUCCAGAUCCGGAGGCUCCCAUCCGUGACCAAGGCCGAUAGACACGCCGAGGGAGCCAUUGAACGCAAUUGGCCCGAUGUACCAAAAGCGUGCGCACGCUUGCCCGAAGCUCAAAUAUUCGACGGCGUCGAGGGGGCGGGGCUUUCCCGAUCGACAGUCCAGCCGGAUCUCCCGAUACUCCCGGGGACCCAACACGAUCUUCGCAGCGGCAAUCUCAGCUCGAGCAUCCAAUCGCGUCUGCCCAUCGAGGCCAAAAGGGACACCGAGAGCUGGAGGAGUCGCUUGGUGACAUUGGAGCAGUAUCAGUACGAGUCGAAUCUUGAAGCGCCGGCUGUCCACGGUCCGCGCCUGGUCGACGACCCGUCACACGCUCGGGAUUGGGAACUAUGGCUGGAGCUGAUUGUCUUUCGGAAACGACAUCAUGGCGCCGAAGGUACGGUAGCGGUAUACAUGGAGAUCUUUCGACGGGACCUGCGACUACCGACACUGGGAAAUGUAGCAAACCAGCUUUGGGACCUUUUUAUUCGGGCAGGCUUUUACGAUUCUAGGUUACUCGAAGAUAUUGUCACCUAUGCUGUAAGUCUAAAGCGGUCUACGGGGAGAUCUUGGCCGGGGAUGUACUAUGGCAUUGUCUCCGUUGUACUGAAAAAGGACCCGGAUUCAGCAUACCGUUGGCAUUUGAAGCUCAGAAAUGAUUUCCCCCCUUCGCUUGGAGAUUACAAAAGGAUAUUCAAGCUGUCCCUUGACUGGGGUAGCUCCGGGCACUUUCAAGGCUUGUACAGGGAUCAUCCCAUACCCGGGAUGUACAGGACCGUUAUUUGGCAUCUAUGCAAGUCGCAAAUGUACGACGAAGUUCUCAAGUGGAAUGACCUUCUUUAUGACGCCAGGGACUUUCCUACGAUAUUCACUGACAUCAAACCCUUGCUCGACCAUCUCGCUUACAUUGGUGACGGACCUCGGCUUGAAAAAAUCGUCAGAGCGCUGAGUGAAGCCAAAGUCGGGAUCUCGAGUGUGGCCGAAAACUUUGUCCGAAGGGACACGGCCAUCAGUCGUGAAAUCUUGAAUCGACAGCUUGGUGAAGUUCAUGGAGUUGGUCCAAAACAUUUGAGCGACAGCUUCUGCGCUAGGCUUUUCGCUACGCGGCUUUUCUCCGUUGACACCGUCAUCAGUGGUUUGCAAAUCGUGGCCGCAGAAACAAUUGGACCUCUUUCUUUGAGGGAGAUCGCUGUCAGAGAUAACUGCGAUCCUGGCGCCAUCUGUCAUCAUACUGAUCGUCUUAAAAGUGCUGGAAUAUCUCUUGACAGUACUGUGUUUUGCACUCUUGUCCGUAGUUUAGCCAUGGAGAACAAGCGAGGAAUCUUGAAGUCCGUCGUGGACUGUGACCUUCACCCGGAUACAUUUGGAGAUGUCGACCUUCAGGAACGAUUACUCGCCCAGUACUGCGAGGAGAACGACCUGAUGAAGAUUGAGCGAACACUUGCUGUGCUCACCGCCGGCUGUGAGGUGAAAGAACUGCAAAUGGUACGGAUGAACUUGAUUCUUCGCUGUCAAAUCACGCUUGGGAGGCGAAAGAAGGUGCUGGCGACGCUAGAGGAAUUGAAGCGAUUGGGCAUACCGGUCAGCGCCAGAUCUAGCAGGCACCUGCGUGUAUGCUGGCUUUCGAGGAGACAGGUUGGGCGUGGUGCGGACGGAACACAGGAGUUGGCAAUCCUAAUCCAAGCGUCACGGAUGACUAUGCAAUCCGGCAACUUCGUGCCUAUCAUAGCUUGGAGAGAGAUCCUGCGACGCCUGGGCAUGGCCGGGCGCUUGACGGAGUUUGAGAAUCUGGCGCUUUGGCUGGUGGAUUGGUAUUCAAGCCCCGCAGCUAAGGCUGCCCUUCCAAAACGGCUACUGUUUUCUGGUCAUGGUGGUCAGACAUUAAUCGAGGGGGCUGUGUCGCCAGAGAAGUCUGCGAACCGCGAUCCUCAACGCUUAUUCAACACCCUAUUCACAACCGCGGCACGGCAUGCAAUCGUUGCUUGGGGCUUUCAACAUAUCAUGAAAUCUCGUAGAAAAUCGAGAAGGUCCAGGGAGGCUUCAACGGUAGAAGAUGUUCCUCGGUUCCGGUGGACAUGGGGUUUGCACCUGCUAUACAAACUGAGAAAGCGUGGGGUGCCCAUUGGGAAAAAUGAAAUUGCCCGAAUCUGCAGACAUCGACUCAACACUUUAUUCGGCACCGGGCUUUCGAAGCGGAAGAUCAACAGACGAGCCAGAUCAGAACAGAGGACUCUGGUGUCCUACACUGAGAGCGUGUAUAUCCAAAAGAUGGAAGAGAUUUGGGGAAAAGGGUUCUUCCGAGUAUGGCGCCAUGUUGGAAGAAAUGUGGAGGAACGGAUAGGACGAAAGCCCCGGGAUAAAUGGCGUAUAAAGAGAGCAGAGUGUAGGACGAGGACUGAUGACCUUGGAACUUACCGCGAUGCGGCAAAGAAGAUGGUAGCAAAAGGCAAGACGUAUGGAAAGAAGAAGGGUCGCGACCUUGCUUCCAUCUUCCUCGACCUGUCCAUCAGUCCGUCUAAGCCAGAUACGAAUGCAAUUGCGCGGGUCCUUGCCCCUACACCCAACAGCCAUAAUGAGCCGUUACUUGAACCGAAUGCCGCACCUGAAGGAGAGCAGGCCGCUGAGACUGCAGAUCAGGAUGACAACAAGGAGAACAGACCGAGAAGGAAGGCCUGGUUUGGCACAAAGCCAACGGGUGAGCUAUUGAAUCGACCAGUGAGCAUGGGGAACAAUGCUGACGAGUGUAUAGAACGGACGGUAAAGAGCCAUCAGCCGACGGAGAUCUCAGAACUUACGUCCAUUGACUUUGUGAAAAACGAGGUCGUAGACUUCCGAAAGUUCUGCAAAGGAUGGGAGAAAGGGGUCAAGCUUAGCAAAAUUGGCCAAGGAAGCUUCGCUACGGUGCUGAAGAUGGAGCUGAACGAUGAGCCGGGCCAAUAUAGCGUCUGGAAGCUCAUGCCACUUAAGCCCAGCAAAGGAAGUGGAUCUCGUCCGUACCACAAUCAGACUCUGAUCAAAGACGCAGCGACGGAAGUCAAAAUGCUGUUUGCUAUGAGCGACAUUCACGGAUUUGUUCAGUUUCGAAGCGCCCACGUUGUUAAAGGCUAUGUGCCAGAUCAGAUUGGGAAGGCUCAUGAGUCAUGGGCAAAGAACCUGCAUCCUAACGAUACAUGGUACGGAACGCACAUGAGCGAUGAAUAUCCGUCAAAAAACCAACUAUGGCUUCUGAUGGAGAUGACGGACGCCGGACAGGACGUUGAUUCCAUGCUGUGCACCGCACGUUUGGAAAAAAAGCUCUACUCGGUUCAAGAAACAUCGGAUAUGUUCUGGGGAAUUGCAGAGGCGUUGAUGCGCGGCGAAGCGCAGGCAGAAUUCGAGCAUCGUGACUUGCAUCCGGGAAAUGUAUGCAUCAAGAUACGCGAUGAACCAUUGGAUCUGACCACCGAGAACGGCAUCCCCAGAUUGUCCAAGCGCGAGGUAACAUUGAUCGACUAUACUCAAUCCCGCCUUACCCUCGAAUCCGGCGACGUGCUGGCAACCGCUAUAGAUGAGUCUAUCUUCCGGCAGAUCGAUGAUGACCCCGACGCUCAGAGGCAGUACGAUGUGUAUCGCAUCAUGCGAGACAUAGUGAAAAAGGAGAAGAAGCCGGGGGUCACUAUAAGUCAAAUGUGGAAGGAGUAUGUGCCAAUGACCAAUGUCCUGUGGCUGCACCACAUGUUGAGGGAGUUAAUGGCUGUGACCCGGAAGACAUCGGAAAGUCAGGAAGAUUUGGAUAUGAUCAUGGCUCUACUUAGCUUAGGAACCAAGCUCUGGCCAGGAAUUGCGGAGCGUUGGGAAUACCAUAGUGCUCGAGAGGUGGUAUGCGGCUUCCUGGCUGGCUGA